CAGGUGACCAGGAAAGGGAAGACAAGGUGGAGAUGGAACUGCCAAAUCAUGCCAAACAUUUGCUCCUGCAGCUUAACCAGCAACGAGCCAAAGGUUUCCUUUGCGAUGUGAUCAUCGUUGUCGAAAAUGCCCUCUUCCGUGCCCACAAGAACAUCCUGGCGGCCAGCAGCAUGUACUUCAAGUCCCUCAUCUUGCACGACAACCUGAUCAACUUAGAUACCGACAUGGUCAACCCUACCGUGUUCCGGCAAAUCUUGGACUUUAUUUAUACUGGUAAGCUCUUAAUGACCGACCAGCCUGGGGAACAGAACUUCAACGCGCUCCUCACCGCAGCAAGCUACCUCCAACUUCCUGACCUGGCGACCCUUUGUAGGAAGAAGCUCAAGCGCAGCGGGCGGGCCUUCGCUGGCCGGGCUGGGGGAGCCUCCAGCGCCGGGCGGCCGCCUCGGAGCCAGAGACUUGCCACUGCUUCCGUUAUUACUCGUUAUUCAGGGUCAGCCGAAGGGAUGAAGGGCUCUCAGCCGAAGGAGAUGCCAAAGGUGAAGGUCUCGGAUGACGAGGUCUUCAUGAACAGUUCCAACCAAGAGAAUUCCCAUGCCUUGAGUAGGGGCCUGGGAGAAGGGAGCAACAGCACCAACGGGAGCUGUGUGGACCAGGAACUCGGGCUGGAUCUGUCCAAAAAAAGCCCCUCCCUGCCCACUGUAGCCCCCCAAGAUGAUACCCCCCACGGCGAAAGUCAGCGUGGCUCCCCCCGGCCCACCUCAGCCCCCACCGCCAACAGUGCCUCAUCGUUCGAAGAGUCCACCUCCGGAGCCCCUCCCACCCUCCUAGACAACUGCGAGCCCAUGGAGAUGGACCUCAGCGAAGACCGCCAGUCCCUCCCCGAAGGCAACCAGCGAAAGAGCCUACGCCAUUCCUCGCGCAAAAAAGAGUGGCUCAAGAAGGAUUGCCCCUUCGACCGGAAGGAGGGUGGGGGCAAAGGCUGCGAGGAAGGCGAGGGGUUGCCCAACGGCAUCCUAAUGGGCCCCUUGUGCAAGUCCGCGGAGCGUAGCCUAGGCCUGAGCCCCUACGGCUCGGAGCCGCCGUUGCACGCCUGCAAAGAAGACGUGGAGAACGGCAAGGAGAACAGCGAGGACAGCGGCCAGAGCGAAAGCGAGAACGGCGGGCACAGCAGCGCCAACUACGUCUACCGGCAGGAAGGCUAUGAACCCGUGGCCUUCGGGGACAACUUGUACGUCUGUAUCCCGUGUGGGAAGGGUUUCCCCAGCUCGGAGCAGCUCAACGCCCACGUGGAGAAGCACACGGAGGAAGAGCUGUACAUCAAGGAGGAAGGGACGUUCGAGGAUAAAGAAGAGGAAGCCGAGGAUUUGUCGAACCCCAACCAGCCCUACGCCUCGGAACCGCGGCCGUUCAAGUGCUCGGUCUGCGAGAAGAGCUACAAAGAUCCGGCCACCCUCCGGCAGCACGAGAAGACUCACUGGCUGACGCGGCCCUUCCCGUGCAACAUCUGCGGCAAGAUGUUCACCCAGCGGGGCACCAUGACUCGGCACAUGCGCAGCCACCUGGGACUCAAGCCCUUCGCCUGCGAGGAGUGCGGGAUGCGCUUCACCCGGCAGUACCGGCUGACCGAGCACAUGCGCGUCCACUCAGGGGAAAAGCCCUACGAAUGUCAACUGUGCGGCGGGAAAUUUACCCAGCAACGAAACCUCAUUAGCCACUUGAGAAUGCAUACCUCUCCUACAUGAAGCCAAAGUUUCUCCCAAGGAGCUCUGAGCCCCUCCAACCCCCCCACCAGGAAAUACCCCUUCCGACUUGCUGCUUUAAAACAGACUAUACAAACACACAGGACAUUUUUGCCUCCCUUCUUCAGU